GAGAUUCUCGCAGGUUUGCGCUCCACCCUUCCUCCUCCUCUUCCACUCGAUCCGGCAAUCCAGUUAUCUCCGGGGUUUAGUUUCGGUACGAGUUGCUGCGGAGAGGUUUCGGAUUCCGCGUCAGGUUUCGGGCGAUCGACGCGCUGCGGCGUGCAGGACCGGAAGGGCGUCCGUGGGUCGGCGGCGCCUCCGGGGUCGACAGGGAGAGUGCGGAUUUCCGUUGGUUAUUGAUUCAGGGUCUUGGGUUUCGGGCCGAUUCGGUGCCCCUGGGAUCGAGGAUUGGAGUGCUGUUGCCUUUUUCGGGUGCUCUGGUGGCCUUGCGUGUAGCCUGUUCGACUGAUUUUUAGGGACUAGUUUGUGGCGGAAUCUCAAACCCAGGAACCUGUGAAUCCUCGACACUUGUGAAACAUGAGAAGGUUCUUUUUCUUCGGGUCCCCUGCUGCAAACGCUGGUGAGGGAGCCGGGCAACCGGUCAAUGAUAGCAGGACUGGACAUAGAAAGACAGAUGAGGGAAAGGACAUCUCCACCGCGAGAUUGUCGAGAUCCAGAAGCCGUCGUCAGAAGCGGAAUAAGGAGGAACCGGCUAACCCCAAACAACUCAGGAGGUCCAUGUCCUUCUCAUCCCCGGCCAGAAGCAGCUGUGUGGAGGAACGAUGCUUUAGCUUCUCGGGUGAUGUUCCGUGCUCUUUGUACGAUGAAUCUGAUGCACCCCACCAUGCCAAAGAUGUCGCUCCCGACAUGUGGUCUCCAGAAGGGAAUCCGUUCUCUAGAGAAUAUGCAAUAAGAACCCCGAAAGAUCAUUCUGCCAUGGAAAAUGAUUCUCCUCGUUCAAAAUACUGUUCUUGCUCAGCAGGGCACUCUCCUGUUAGCUCUCCUGUCGCUAUACAGUGCAGAUCAACAAGACUAGGCAAUUUAUUAAACAGGAACGAAGUACUAGAUCGUUACAUUGAUAGAGGGCAUGGAGAUGCAAUCGUAGAUGAGAAACAGAAGCAGUGCGUACCUACGGUUUCUAAUUUGGGAAGGCCACCUCGACCCCACUCUACAGUACCAUCCAUACCGAGACCAUUCAAAGAGACAACGGAAAGCUACCCAGAUGUGGACUUAAACGACGCCUUCCUUUGGCGACUUGCUCAAGAGGGUAUAGGAGAUACCCACAAGAUUACAACUAUGUGCAGUGCAUCUAGACGCCACAUAAACAUGUCAGAUGCUUCUGAAAGAGAAAGUGCAACAACUGUUGAAGAUAUUUAUGAAGAUUUGCAAGAUGUGAGACUUCCAAAUGUUAUCUGCCCCUCCACUUGUCCUAACUCAGCGGUAGAAGAAACUGAUGACAUGUUGCUUCAAAGAGUUAAGGAAGUUGAGUCAAGGUUUACUAUUCCUUGUGGAGAUGAAUAUGAAUUUAGCAUGCUCAGGUAUAAAUCAUCAACCUCAAAUGACAUGUUUCAGUUGAUCCAGCAAUUGACUGAAGAUAGGAAACAGUUAGCAUAUGAAUUGUCUUCAGAGAUCAAAGCACGUGUUACAGAAAGAUUUGCUGCCAAAGAGCAAUACAAACAAUUAAAGAAAGAAUUGGACAACAGAACUAGAAGGCUGGAGAAGGAGAAGAGUGAAGUACAAACUACACUGGAAGGAGAGAUGGAUAGAAGGUCAGAUGAUUGGUCUAUCAGGCUAUCAAGAUUUCAAUCUGAAGAAGAGAGACUACAUGAACGGGUGAGAGAACUUGCAGAGCAGAAUGUGUCAUUUCAGAGAGAAGUUACUUCUCUUGGAGCAACUAAGGCUGAAGCUUUAAUGAAAGCUGCGAGUUUGGAAACGCAAAAUAGCAAACUAAAUGACGAUCUAGAGAAACUAAAAAAUGAGCAUGAGAAACUGCAUUAUUCCUCAACAGAUUUGCAGGCUCGCUUUGCUGAGAUUGUAGAGGAAAGGGACCACAUCCGAGAAUAUUUGAAGGCCAAGGAGGGAGAGAACAAAGCAUUGCACAAAGUAAUUGCAAGACUACAAACAACAUGUAAUGAGCAGGAAAGAACAAUCACAGGCAUGAGACAAGGAUGCAUAGACGAAUUAGGUAGGAAAUUUGUUGAGUACAGCACCAAUGAUAAAACGAGAAAAUUACAAAUGGAACUUAUUAGACUGACUGGGGUGGAGCAAAAGUUGAGAGGUGAAAUUCGAUCUUGUAAUCUUGAAGUAAAAUCUCUCAGACAAGAGAACAUUGCACUCUUAAAUCGUUUACAAGGUGCUGGAAAUGGAGCAAGCUUCUCCUCGAUUCGACUUGAUCAGGAGCUUCAAGCUAGGGUGGACAACCUGCAAAUGCAAGGCUUGUCACUACUUGAUAAGAUUAGCCAACUUUGUACCAAAUUGCUGGAUCUGAUGAAACAUAAGAGACAUGAAAAUGAAUAUUUGUGUGGCAAUGAUGUGUCAACAUUCAGUGAUUACAUAUUUGAGUACCAGAGCAUCAAAGGAGGAAUUGAAGGUCUGAAGCUAAGUUUGAAAGCAAUAAAUUCUAUACUAGCUGAAAAGCAAAAUGCUAAAGAAAAAUCUGGUGAAAUUGUAGCUGAAGGUAGUCCUUCCAAAGAUCAAACGGAUGAUUUUGGACUCAAGCUGAAAGAAGAGGCUAUGCUGAAUAGAGUACUGAAGGAGGCAGUCUUGUCAAAAGAAGUUGCCAUUGAACAAUUGCAAUCUGAUCUGGCAUCUUCACUUCGCAUCCAAGACGUUAUGAGAAACGAGAUCCAGAGGGUUCAGGAUGAGCUUUCUUGCAUAACCCACAAAGCUAAGCAGUUGGAGCUUCAGGUAUCCAAGAAGGAUGAGUCAAUCGAUGAGAUCCAACAGGAUUUCCAGGAAUCUGCAAAGGAGCUGGCUGCUCUUCGUGGAACACUGAAAACAGUGACGGAGGAGAGGGACCUGUCGUGGCAGGAGGCGAAGCAGCUGAGACGAAACAUCAGCAUCAUGCAGGACGAGGUUGUAUCGCUGAAGAAGAAGAUCGAAGCCCUGGACGAAGACAUACUUGUGAAGGAGGGGCAGAUCACAAUAUUGCAGGACAGCAUCGACAAGCCGUUCGACAUCAUCUGCAGCCCAAGAUCGAUGAGGGAGUUCGAUAUGGCGUGAAGACGGCUGCUGUUUUGUAGCGUAUGCAUGAAGGAUUUUUUGCAUCAAGGGCAAGAUGCAUGGAGUAUAAUGUGUUGGAAGUUGACAGUAGACCCAACAACACAUUGCAUUCUGGUCAAUUGUUUCUGUCUGGUGGGACAGCACAAGCGAAGGUUUUCUCCCUCUCUCUCUCUCUCUCUCUCUCUCUCUCUCUCUCUCUCUCUCUCUCUCUCCUGCUUGGUUUAUUUCUAGACAAGGACACGCUGAAUGCGCCACGUGUGGUCUAAGUCUAAAGCUGUGUCAUCGUAUUUAUUGCUUUGCUUUCUAUUUUAUCUUGUACAGUAUACAAGUAGCUACCAUUAGCUGCAGAAGAUGCCUGCAUCUCCAAGCGUCUUAACCGGCUCCUUGUAUUGAUUUGAGCUGUCGAUUUCAGAAGCAAGUUGGACGUAACG